AUGACAGUGAGCCUUGAGAAAAGACGUGCAGACCUGUCGUCGCUGUGUCGAGUGGCCGCCUGUUUGAUUAAUGAACAUUUGGUUCAUGCUCAUAUCUCUGAGACAUCGAUUACACUCUCUCAUCCGCAAUCAGACAGCUCAAUCAUCGUCCAGUGCGUUGACUCUGGGAUAGAAAACGGCGCAAUUUAUCCCAGUCAGUUGAGGGGUGUGGUCACGUCCGAGGGCACCCCCAUUAAAGACGGAGCGAGCCUAUUGUCACUGUACGGGUCAUGGGCGAAGCAGGACGUCUCCCUUCUCUGUGAGCAGCUGGAGAAUUCUACCAACAACCUUGAAGCACUCUACAAGAAGUCUCGGACACCACUCGGGAUUAACUCCUCUCCACUCGACUGGGAGCAGAGUAUUAUUGAAGGCGAGCCACAGGAUCCCUGGCAUAGAUGUACCUAUCCGGCUGUAUUGGACUUUUUUGCUGCGAAUAUCCAUUUAGUGGUUGUUCCUCGUGUGGACGUUACGACUGUGGGUGACUAUGAUACAUGGAUUAACCAGGUGGUUCCCAAGGAAGUGGAAAUUGACCGUGAGAAGCAUGUGGUUAUUCCGGUACACGAGGAACAGCUCCCUUGUGUCACCGGCGAGUUCAAAGAUAUACCUGUGUUACCGGGUUCUAUCGCAGGCCGACCGCAGAGUUCUCUACGAACGCUCUCAUUUUCACUCACUAAUGAAAUCUGCAUUAAGAUGCCACUGAGUGUCAAGAUUCUCGGGCGCGUCCGCAAUAUAUAUCCCCAUGAAAUUAUGUUAGGAUCUCGAUUGGAACCCGUGUGGAGGAUCGUGGAAGAUGCUGCAAUGUCAAUGGGCGGCUCAUUGAUCAUUGUUCGCGAAUAUGCAGCGGCAGCCACGCAAAGUGAGAAUCUGGGAUGUAUCAUCCGCCAGAGUAUUGAGAGCAUCGUCAAAAAAACAGGAGACGCUGUCAUUGUAUGCGCAGCCCUUAUAGAGCAUGCCGAUGCUAUUUGGGGCGAUAUGGCCAACAAAGCGGUCGUGCUGCGAGAUUACUGCAGUCAUUUGUUCCAUGCCUUCUUACCAUCUGUACUGCUCCAUGGAAUGGCCCUGCAGGCUCAUCCCCAGAAUAUCCUUGUCCGAGUGGAUCGCGUCACCCGGAAGGUCAAGGGAUUUGUUUAUCGCGACCUCACACAUAUGGCAGUCCAUGUCCCAAAAUUUCGCGAAUCCACUUCCUUGGACAUGGAUAUCGGUCCGUCGAAGUCAUUGGAGCAGGUUUAUGAGAAUAUUCUACGAAUGGUGGUCCACGCAAGCACCGGUUCUGUCAUCCAAGCAUUCGGACUGGGGAAUGAAGGAUGGAAAAUCGCCCGAGAGGAGCUAGAGAAGAUGAUCCCAGCAGACCACAAACUAGCUCGAAGAAUUUUCUUUGAGAAGCCUACACGGCCGGCGCAGGCUUAUCUCACGCGAAAUAUGGCCGGCGAGGUUCGAACGACGACAAAGGUUAAUAUGUUGCAUCAUUGCCAGAAAACAGCAUGA